UUGUCGAUCUCGCUCUCCACAGAUGUCAAACAAAUUUGACAUUUCCCGGAUGUAAACAUAUUGAUCGCUUGUAUUUUUAUCACAUUUUAUUGAUUUACUUCGGGUUUAGCUGAACAAAAUGGACCAAGAAACUGCGAAAAAGCUUUUAGUCGAAGGAGGAACAUUUGUUUUCCUCGGAGUACCUCAAGAAACACAGUUUGGCAUAGAUAUGCAGUGCUGGAAUACUGAAGAAGAUUUUCGCGGAAUUAAAAUGAUUCCACCUGGAUUACACUACAUACAUUUUUCUGGAGUGAGCAAAGGAACUGGAGACGUAUCACCAAGGUCAGGCUUCAUGCAUUACUUCCACAAAAAGGAGUUUCUAGUCAAAAUGUGGGACAAAGAUACAGAGGACAUGAGCAAAGAAGAGAUCACAGAAGAAAGCAUCCAACGCCUGAAAGACAAUCUGUUUAAUUUGGACCGUCACCUUGCACCUUAUCCCUAUGAGAUAUGGCAGAAAUGGAAACUACUUACUUCUCAAAUACCUGCUGAAUUAGCAGCAAAACUAUCGCCAGAAAAUGGUAUGAUCAGAGCUUCUGUAGAGCUCCUUUCUAUGACUGACGAGGAGAGGCCAAGGGGAGUGAAGUCUACAGCAUCAGUGGAAAGUCAAGAAAGUGCAGAAGAGUCUACACAAGUCUCGGGUGAAGAUAAAGAAGAGGUUGCUGGACAAUCCACGGCUAAGAGAGCAAAGAGAGGCACACAGGAAGAAAGAGAAGACGCAAUGCUACCAGAUUUAAAACCUGCCCCAGGUAUGUCAAUGAGAUUCACAGAAAUUCCGCGCGACAAGUAUCCGCCGGGAUCCACACCAGAAGAAAUUACGAAACACUACUUGGACCAAUCUUAUUCACUGGAACUUAUGAUUGCACAACAUGACGAGCCGCUACAUAUCAUUGGCGAGCUUCAAUUCGCGUACCUGUGCUUUCUCAUCGGACAUUCUCUCGAAGCUUUUGAACAUUGGAAGAAUUUGGUGAUUCUCAUGUGCUCCUGCGACGAUGCCAUACACAAAUAUCGCAGCGUGUUCUUCCAUUUCAUCAGAACAAUUGAAAUACAAAUUGAAGAAAUGCCUGAGGAUUUCCUUGCUGACAUUGUUAUGAACAAGAAUUUAGUCUACAAGAAACUACGGGAAUUUUUCCGUACUGCCUAUGUGAGCAAAGUCGACGGCCGCCUUCUGACAAUGAUUGAGAGGUUCAAGGACAAUCUGACGGAUAAACUGCAAUGGGAUUUCACUGGUUUAGAUGCUGAUGAAGAAGACGAAAGGCCAGUUAUAGUCCAGCUGAAUGAGGCAGAAUAAUUCUAUUACAAAUUUAAAUACAUUUAAGAUAAUUUUGUUGUCGAUUUAUUCAAACACAUUUUAUUUGUGUGGUGAAUCAUUUAAUUAUAUUAUUAUUAAUAUAUAGUUCAGUGUAAUUAUGAAAUCGUUUACAUAUUUUGUAAGAUAGGUAGCAAGAUUUACCGUGUAUGUGAUCUAAGACAGCAGAAUAAUUAUCUUCUGUCGUUUUUGGUAGAACCAAUGGUGGCUACCUGUUUUUGUGAACUUUAAAUAUAAUUCGCCACGUGUUACAUAUUUUUUUAUUAGGUACGUAUUUAAGAACUGCCUUACUGAGGUAGUGUGACAAUGGAGAGGUUGAAAUGAGACAGCCUGAGCUCAAUUUCAGAGAACAAAUUACAUUUAUUUUUGUAUUAGUAUUAGAAGACAAAGAAAAAGAUUCUUUGUGAACGACUUAUUAGGUGUCUACAAUGCUUCAGUGAGGCUAUAUCUAUCUUCGCGUUUGAUUGACACCAAAUCAAGUUCAUUACUCAAUAAGUACAAAUAAAUGCAGGGCAUUUUUACUAACAUUUCAUCAAAGUAUUGUGGAACAAAUAAUUAUAAUAAGUCAAUCAAACUUUUUAACUUUAUUAUUCGUACAUUUUUCCAUUAAUUAAUUGCACCUUUCAUUCAAGGUAGAUAGAUAAGUGUGUAGUUGUGUACUAUGUACAUUUUAUUAAAUUUUGAAUAUUUAAAUAUUUUUAUCAAUAAGUAGUGUCCUGUGAACCCCGCCGCAUGUAUCAGUAUGUCUUUAUUAUAUACCUAUUGGUAGAAUAAAUGGUAUUGGUUUCACGUGUAUAUUUCAAGUUAUUAGAAAAUGAAGUCAAUAAAUAAAUAGUACCUGCUA